AGCGGGCAGGCCCAGUACUGCACAUAACCUAUUCGAAUAGUAUAGGUGGUGAUGCUAUUUUGGAACCUCCCUGUCUUCUUUACAUAGGUCGAUCACGACUAGACCUGCUGGGCUCUCGAUCUCUGCUGCUUUUUCGAGCCAAGCAAGCAACAAAGGAAAACCAGAGCCUUGCUACGUCUCUGUCUAUAUAAGACUAUCGACAUCGGGGGAUCAAAGCUAAAACUACAACAGACAGAGACAUAAGAUCAGAUUUGCUGGUGUAUAUAUAAGCAUGUAUAGGUAGCUAGUAGAAUCACAAGCACUUCCAUCAGCAGCCACUUGUCACUCUCCUCUCCGGCCUCAUUGCUACCAAGUCCCAACAGAUUCUCUUGUACCAGAAUCCUGCCUCGCCUCUCAGCUGCACCGGCAUUUCUUCCUAGCGCCUUCUCUUCACCAUCAGGAGAAGAUCGGGGAGACGGAAGCUCGCUAGCUAGCAAGAAUUAACAGCCGGAGCAGAAGCAAGAGAAGGGAAAAAGCGCGCAAUGGGUGGCAUUGGUGGCCGAUGCCCGAUCAGUGCGCUGGCCUUGCUCGUCUGCGUGGUGCUCUUGUCGGCGACAAUGGCGAGCAGCAUUAGGACCGGGGCAACUGAUGGCACGAGUGCUCCUGAUCCAACUGCUGCCGCGGCACAAGCUACAACUGAUGUCACGCCGCCUCCAGUUGCUGUCGCUGCGACAACGCCACCUUCGGAGCCGGCUGCAUUGGACGAUAUGUACAAGGACAGCAAGAGGAAGGUGCCCAACGGCCCUGAUCCGAUUCACAAUAGGAGAGUCAGAUGGGGAGAUGCACCUGCCAAGCGAGUUUAGGCAGCGACAUGAUCAAGCACAUAAACCGUGGACCAACAACGGUGGCUCAAGAGCGAGCACGAAAACACUGAAGUGGAAUGGAAGGUUCCAUGGCUAACAGCCAUGGUGGUGCUCAUGAUGGUCGAGGCGGUUAUAUAGUAUAAGUAUGAAUGUAGUAUUAGACAGGCAGGGGGAGAGGAAGACGGUGCAGAUGCCAUGGGAGCCGCGAUUGCUUUGCUUUGGCCAAAGUGCUCUGAAUCCUCUCAUCUCUCUUGAUGAGGUUUUGUUUUGUUUUUCUUCUUUGGAGGGGUUAAUUGGUGUUAAAAGGAGCACUCCAACUCCAAGCUAAGCCUGAUGGCUAGCUACUUCAUUCACUCAAACAGAGUAAAGCUCAAAGAUUCUUGGGAUGCA